UGGCGAAUUCACAUUUUUUUACUGUCAUCUAUUUCAUCCCAAUGAAACGUCACUCACCGCAUUGUGUGCAUGUUCACGUCGCACGGAAUUCCCUUAUUUUCGAACUUCUUUUUUUAAACAAAUCGAACGCAAUCUUGUUCUUCUGCGGUAAAAUUAAAGGCGUUGAUUUGUUUAGGUUUGUGAAUUAAUUUUGAAAGAAAAAAACCACGAAAAAUGCCACCAAAAAAAGCAGCCGCUGGUGCAAGUAAAAAGACCGAAGCUAAAAAGAAGGACAAAAUCAUUGAGGAUAAAACGUUCGGUUUGAAAAAUAAGAAAGGUGCAAAAACACAAAAGUUCAUUCAACAAGUAGAAAAGCAAGUGAAAAGUGGUGGGCAACAUCCACUGCUUCCAACCAGUAAAAAAGAUGAGAAGGAGAAGAAAUUGCAAGAGCAAAAGGAAUUGAACGCCUUGUUCAGACCGGUUCAAACACAAAAGGUCGAAAAAGGUACUGAUCCAAAGUCAGUGGUGUGUGCCUUUUUCAAAGCCGGUCAAUGUGGAAAGGGUGAAAAAUGUAAAUUCUCGCAUGACUUGAGCGUGGAACGUAAAGUCGAAAAGAGAAGCAUGUAUGUUGAUAUGCGAGAUGGCGACGAAAAUGAUACCAUGGACAAUUGGAACGAUGAAAAACUGAAAGAGGUCGUCGAAAAGAAACAUGGCAAAGAGAAGCGUAUGCCAACCACGGACAUUAUUUGCAAGUUUUUUUUGGAUGCUGUAGAAAAAUCGAAAUACGGAUGGUUCUGGGAAUGUCCAAACGGUGAAAAAUGUAUCUAUCGUCAUGCACUGCCACAAGGCUACAUUUUGAAGAAGGACAAAAAGAAAAUGGAUGAACAAAAGAAACCAGACAUUUCGCUUGUCGAUUUAAUCGAAAGAGAACGUAACGCACUUGGAUCCAAUUUGACAAAAGUCACAUUGGAAUCAUUUUUGGCGUGGAAAAAGCGAAAAAUCCAAGAAAAGAAAGAUUUACAAGCUAAGGAAGAAGAACAGAAACGAAAAGACUACAAAUCUGGCAAACAAUUCGGUUUCUCCGGUCGUGAAAUGUUCAGCUUCAAUCCGGAAUUGGCUAAAGACAACGACUUGGAAGAUGAUGAUGGCGCUUACGCGAGCUACGAACGUGAAGAAGACGAUAAUGAUCAAAUUUAUGAAUACAAGGAACUUGAUUUGGAUGAACUGGCAGCUGGUGCUCAAGAGGCUGAUGGUACUGGAACUGUGGCGACUGAAGACCGAUUGAAAAAACCCGUUGAAGAAGCCGAAGGUGAAGCGGCGGGUGCAGCCGGUGACGUAGUCGAUGCAACACCAUUCAAUGAAAAUCUCUUCCUUGACGAAGAAGUACUCGAUGGCUUAGAAGAUGAAUUAAACGAAUUGGACCUUAACGAUAACUCGUAAUUCAAUGCAAUUCAGUAUGAAUUUUUUUUAUAAACAAAACUCCAAUCAAUAAAAUCGAUAUCAUUUUAUCAAAUGUUAAA